UGGAAGAGUACAAAUUAUACCCUUCUUAGAAGCCCUCAAAACCCUUUCUUUCUUGUGUUUCUCUGCAGGAGAACUCGCACCUCUCUCUCUCUCUGUCGCGCGAUAAUGGAAGAUGACGACGAAUUCGGAGAUCUCUACACCGAUGUGCUCCGCCCCUUAACGGCGUCGUUUCAGUCUCAGCAGCCGCCGGCAGCGCAAGAAGAAGCUGCCUCAAAAGCCGCCGGGGCUACGAGCCGGCCGAUCGAUCUGAACAUCAACAGCGAUGACGAGGAGAUUUUAUACGGAGCUCCGAAUUCGAAUUCGAAACAGAAUUUUGCUGGGCCGAGUUCUAUCACUGGUCAAGAGAAAACCCUAGCUUCUCCUCAAGAUGUAAAAUCCGGGUCGAGGUUACCCGAAUCCAAUCUGAAUAUUAAUCUUGGAGCUGGAAAAAUCGAGGUUUUGGGUGGAAUUAAUGAAUCGGAUUCGAUAGCUAGGGUUUUGGAGAAGAAUGAGGAUGUUAAAUUACCUAAUGCGGGUUUUCAAGAUUCGAAUUUUAUGGAUGAAGGUAAUAUUGAUAUUGUAGUGGAAGAGAUGGAUGAUAAAGACGAUAUUUUGAUGGGGAAACAUCAAAAUGUAGGUGAAGACCUUGAGAAUCUAAAGGAUGGGACUGGAGCUGUAGGGAAUUUCGUGACUGAAGCUUCUGGUGCCGAGCAGUUGAUUCCUGGGUUGGCGAUUCCGGGUGUUUCAGGUGGGGCGGGGAAUACUGAAGAUGGUAAUGUUGAGGAUGAUUGGGAUAGUGAUAGUGAAGAUGAUUUGCAGAUUGUGUUGAAUGACAACACUCAUGGACCAAUGGGUAUGGAGAGAAUGGGUGUUGGUGAAGAGGACGAUGAGGACGAUGAAGAUGGAGAGCCUUUGGUUAUUGUUGCAGAUAAUGAUGGCCCGAGCCAUCCGCCAAUGAUGGAGGAGCAAGAAUGGGGUGAAGAAGGGGGUGCUGCCGCUAAUGGAGAGAGAAAGGAGAUAACCGAUGCACUAAAAGUGAAUGGAGCACCUGGAGUAGCAGGAAAGGUUGGGUACCCCAAUCAUGCCUACCAUCAUCCGUAUCAUUCCCAGUAUAAGUAUGUGAGACCUGGUGCAGCUCCUAUGCCUGGAGUUCCCUCGUCGGGUCCCGGAGGUAUACCUGGUCAAGUCCGCCCCCCUGUCAAUGUAGGCCCUGUUGCUGGACGUGGUAGAGGUGAUUGGAGACCACCAGGAAUGAAAGGUGGCUAUGGUAUGUCCGGCUGGGGAGGCGGUGCGUCUGGACGUGGCUUUGGGAUUGGGCUGGAAUUCACUCUUCCUUCACACAAGACUAUAUUUGAGGUUGACAUUGACGGUUUUGAAGAGAAACCUUGGAGACUUCCAGGCAUUGAUGCAACAGAUUUCUUUAACUUCGGUUUGAAUGAGGAUAGCUGGAAAGAUUAUUGCAAGCAGCUGGAACAACUUCGACUUGAGUCAACUAUGCAAGGAAGAAUUCGGGUGUAUGAAAGUGGGAGGACAGAGCAGGAAUAUGAUCCAGAUCUUCCCCCAGAACUUGCAGCUGCAGCUGGUAUGCAAGACAUUCCAUCGGAUAUUUUGAAUGGUAAAACUGAUGGAACUUCAAUUGACCUAGCAAGAGGAUCAAUGCGCAUGAGACCACCACUACCCACUGGAAGACCAAUACAGGUUGAAACUGGUUCUGGCGAUCGCUUACCAUCAAUUGAUACCCGACCACCACGGCAGCGGGACUCGGAUGCAGUUAUUGAAAUUGUGUGCCAGGAUGAUGACCAAGACACAGGGAAUGACAAGAAUGAAGUGCAAUUGGGCAAUAUUCCUUCCACCGAGGAUUUUAGAGGUGAUGCAAGAAGAGGACCCCUGCAGGAACAUGUUCAAGAAUCUGAUGGUUUUCAGCAUCCUUAUAAGAGCCACAAGCAAGAGGUCAAUGCUAGGAGAACACAGUUUAUUAACCCUGUAGGUGAUCAUUUAACCGAUGGAGAUGGAGCGGUUCCUUUCUCCUCGGAGGCUCCUGGCCAGUUUGUUUCUGAUUCUGGAGGACAGACUUCUGCACAUGACAACAAGAAUUGUGUUUCUCAACAAGAGGAAAGGGGGAAAAAGGGAAGUGCACGCGAUAGAUCACCUGACAUUACUCCCAGCAAUAGCAGAGACAGACUCCAAGUUGAUAGUCAGAAGGAGGAAUCUUUUGAAAGUGUUGAUCGUACGCACACUCCUGUCCCUCCUUCUCCCCAUUCUGAUAGACCUGCUCAGGAGCAAGAUACGGAAGAUAGAGAUGAUAUCCCUGAUCAAAUCGUUGGAGCAGACACAAACAGUGAAGUUGACAGAGAGGAAAUGACUUUGGAUGCAAGAACUGAUAGUGAAGCCAUGAAUGAUGAAUUUCUACAUUCUACAAAAAAGCAAAAGUUAAGUUCACGACGUGAACAAUCUUCUCCUCGAGAAACUGAUGAUGGAGAAGACUCCAAGGCUGGAAGAAGUAGCGAGAAUAGCAAAGUCCAAUCUGGAAGUAGUAGAGGUUAUUGCAAGUUACGGGAUGAUAUGGAGGAGGAAGUUGUUCAAGGUGGACGUUCUAUGCGCAUAGAUAAUGCCAAAAAAGCAGUUGCCAGAGACGAGGAUAGAGUCCGAAAGAAAGCCCGCAAUGAGAAAGAAGCAGAAAAGUACCCUGUGGUAGUGAAAGGUAGGGAAGAUUCUUAUUCCCGUAAAGGUGUUGACUCUAGUUCAGCCCAUUACAUUGACCGACGAAGGGAACGCGAAUAUUCAGAGGGAGUAUGGCAAAGAAGGGAUGACGAUCUACAGGGGAGGAGAGCAAAAAUGGAAGAACCACGAAAGAGGGAGCUUAUUGAUGACAUUGGAUCCAGACACCGCAGCAAGGCGCGAGAAUUUGAGGGAAGUGAUAGAGAAGAACGCCAUUUAUAUAGAAAACAACUGGAGAACGUUACUUUAAGGCCUGAUUAUGAUAAGGAUAUGGGAGCAAGACACAGAGACAGGGAUGAGUUGAAGAGGUACGAAACCUUGGAUGAUCGCCACAAUAAAAGAAGGAAAGAAGAGACAAAAUUAAGUAGGGAACACAUUGACAAGGAAGAAACCUUCCAUUCCCAUGGAGAAGCUAUGGUUCGCAGAAAGAGAGAGAGAGAUGAUACCUCAGAUCACCGAAAGAGAGAUGAGCUAAUGAGACUAAGAGAUGAUGAGCAGCACUAUAUCAGGCACAAAGAAGAUGGAGUGUUUCAGAGGGAGAGGAGUGAUAGACAGCGAGAACGUGAGGAGUGGUAUAGGCUUAAACAGUCACAUGAAGAGACACUACCAAAAAGGGAGAGAGAAGAAAUAAGGGGCGGUAUGCGGGUUGGCCGUGUUCCGGAAGAAAAAGCUUGGGCUGGUCAAUCUAGAGGGAAAGAUGAGUACAGAAACUCUGAUCAGCACUCAAAGGAUGUGAGGCAUGCUGACCAUAUUAGAAGGAGGGAUCGUGUUGACAAUGAAAGUCCUUCAAGGCUGAGGACACGUGAGGAUGAAAGAAGAGCAAGGCAUGAUAGGGUGAGCUCACGUGAAGAUCGUGCUCCUAAUGCUUCUGAUAACUCCAGGGUUAAUGAGAAAAGACAUAAAGAUUAUUUAAAGAAGGGUAAAGAAUUUGAAGGUGAUCAUAACUCCCAGAUGUCUUUAAACAUGAACGAAGACGAACUGAAUGGACAGAGAAAUGAGUUGGUGAGCUCAAAGGGAAAAUUUGUGCAAGGAACCAAUGACAAUAAGAUCCACAGGAAUCGUCAGUCCUCCAAGAAACAUCAGGAAGCAGCUUCAUCAGAUGAUGAGCAGGAGGAUUCCAGAAGGGGACGUUCCAAGUUGGAACGAUGGACAAGCCACAAGGAAAGAGACUUUGGUAUCGAUGCUAAAUCAUCUUCCUUGAACAUGAAAGACAACAAUGUACACAAGGGCACCGGUACUUCAUUAACUAACAAAAAUCAAGAUGAAGCUUUAAAGAUGGUCGAAGACAAUCAACAACCUGCAGCUAACAAUAAAAAUGGAGGUGUCCCUGAGAUUAAUAACGUUGAAAUAAAGCCUGUGGAGGAUAAACACUUGGAGACAGUUGAGAAGUUGAAGAAGCGUAGUGAGCGCUUCAAGCUUCCAAUGCCUAGUGAGAAAGAAGCUCCAGUAAGUAAAAAGGUAGAAGGUGAUCCCUUAUCCUCUGUUCAAAGUGAAACCCCUCUAGAUUCAGAGGUGAAGCCAGAGCGUCCAGCACGGAGGAGGAGAUGGACAAGCAAUUAAAAUGAGAAUUCAAGGAACAUCUUUGUUUGAGCAUAUGCCUCCAUGGCUAAUGUGUUACCAAUAUCCACAACUUGAAGAGCACUCCUGUACUGCUGUUGUCUAUUCAGGAUCUGAGGUUUGUGUAGACCUCCCAUAGUAGAUUUGGGAAUCUGUAACCAUGUCUAGAUUAUCUAUUUGAUUUUCUUAAUUCUGUAAUACAUGUAUAUACCAGUAAGCCUAAAAUCAUAGUGGCCCAUUGUUGGGGUGCCAGAAUUACAUUUUUGGGUAUUAAAUGACGUUGAAUGAUAGUGUAUGAGUAGUAGUAAA